AUGGAGGAAAAGGAAGCGGCUUUGCAUACUGCCAUAAAUGCAGUGCAGGCAUUGGGAAGGGGUUUUGAUGUGAAUUAUGAUACAAGAUUGCUUUACUGUAAGGGAGUGGCUGGGUCUAGGGUUGUUGAGAUUGAUGAAGAGCACACAAAGGAUCUUUGCUUGUAUGGUGAUAUAGUGGUGCCAAAUGUCUCAAGGGAUGUAGUGAAUUCCCCAGAAAUCGGUGGGCGUGAUGGCUCGGGUGUCUGCAGCUAUAAUGAGAUGGUGGAGUUUUUCAAUAGAAAGGCCAAUCUACCGGGCCAUGCUCCUCUUGGCAGCUUCAAUGCUGCAUUCAGUUUUACCGGUUCAAAGCAAACAGAUGCUGCCGCCACAAAGACCCUUUGUAUGGAUGGCUUUUUCAUUCCGCUUGCUAAAGUUCAGCUGAUGAAAAUGCCUCUGGUGUUGCAAGAAAAUGUUAAAAGAGCGGUGCCGACAUCAUGGGACCCACCCGCGUUGGCAAGUUUCAUAGAAAAUUUUGGGACGCAUGUUAUUACAUCCAUAACUAUUGGUGGUAAAGAUGUGAUUUACGUUAAGCAGCAUCUCUCGUCCCCUCUAUCUACGGUAGAGAUUAAGAAUUAUGUUCAAGAUAUUGGAAACCAGAGGUUUUCCAGCAUAGAGAGCCUUACAAGCUCGGGAUUAUUGAAGUACAAGGAUAAGGGUAGUGAUCCAUCCUUGUUCAAUAGUCAAGGGAUAUACCCUCAACCCACUAGUGCUCCGUUUCUUGCUGGGAAUGGCAAAGAGGACGUUACAGUCAUUUUCAGAAGAAGGGGAGGAGACGAUCUGGAGCAAAGCCACGUUCAUUGGGCAAAAACAGUCAAGUCUUCACCCGAUGUCAUCGAGAUGUCAUUCUAUCCGAUUACAAUGCUCCUCGAGGGAGUUAAAGGAAAGGAGCAUUUGUCUCGUGCUAUAAGUCUCUAUCUUGAAUACAAGCCUCAACUUGAAGAGCUGAGAUAUUUCCUGGAGUUUCAGGUCCCUCGAAUUUGGGCACCUCUUCAGGACAGACAUCCCGGCCAACAAAGAAAGGAACCUGUUUGCCCGUCAUUGCAGUUUAGCAUGAUGGGGCAAAAGCUUUUCGUCAGCCAAGAGCAGAUUUCAGUUGGGCGUAAGCCGGUGACGGGCAUGCGGCUAACUCUGGAAGGGGUGAAGAAGAACCGAUUGAGCAUCCAUCUUCAACAUCUGCAAUCUCUUCCUAGGAUCCUUCAGCCGUACUGGGACUCCCACAUGGCUAUCGGUGCACCAAAGUGGCAAGGACCAGAGGAACAAGAUAGCAGAUGGUUUGAGCCCGUGAAAUGGAAGAACUUCUCGCACGUGAGCACCGCACCCAUAGACAGCCCCGAGACAUUCAUAGGCGACCUCUCCGGUGUGUACAUAGUCACCGGGGCACAGCUCGGGGUGUGGGAUUUCGGGUCAAGAAACGUCUUAUACAUGAAGCUCCUGUACUCGAGGGUACCAGGAUGCACCAUCCGGAGAUCAUUGUGGGACCACGCCCCGACUGAUAAGUCGAAGAAACAAACUGCUAGUCCCAGCCCCGGGGAUACGAGCGUGGAUUCGGGGGAGCACACAGCCGGCAAUAAGCUGGCGAAAUUCGUUGAUAUGACCGAGAUGUGCAAGGGAGGGCAAGAUCCUCCGGGGCAUUGGUUGGUGACAGGCGGAAAACUGAGCGUGGAGAAGGGGAAAAUUGUUUUGAGACUGAAGUAUUCUUUGCUUAAUUAUUAGGUAUAACUCAAAUGCAGCAGCAGAAGCAUCCCCUCCAUGAUUAAUGUAGUUGGGCAGUGUUUUGGUGUAUAUUGGCCUCCCUUUUUUACCUUCAUAAAUGUGAAUUGUAUCUGUUUGAUGAGUUUUGGUUUAUACCUUCUAGUUGGGUUUUCAUGUAUAAAUUUAUUUCUAGUAUAUGCUGCAAAAUGGUUUUUGCCAAAA